CGGCUUGUGCGCCUCUCGCGUCGUCAUUCUCGGGCGUUGGAGAGAGCUAGGUUGUGCCGCGCCCGCAGCUUGACCCACCCGGAACCACCACACCUCCGAAGACAACUUCAACAACAGCCCAAGCAGUAUUCCCAAUAAACUAGGGCGCCCGUGGGAGACGACGCAAAUGCGCAUACCCGGAAAUAUAAAGCCCUAGAUUGCCUCCAAGCGGCUUCCCACACCGCAGAUACCUACGUAAUUCAGUGUCUCGAUACCGUUCCCGCUCUGCCAUCUGCUACCCGCUGCUAACCCCACGAUUGCCAUUGCCGCCCCGCCGAGCCUGGUUGACGACGGGUGCCUUCAAUUCCACGUCUGAACAGAACAAUCCAGCGCCUCUGCGCCUGCACUAGCUCCUUCACCACGGCCUCACCUGCCGCUCUCUUUGUUUGCUACGUGAUUGAUUUGUGACAAACGAGCCGCCCAAAAUGUGGAACGACGAAGACAACAACCCGUACGGCGAGAGCUUUGAGCGCCGCGACUCUUUCACCUCGUCAGCCAACCCCUCGUCACCCGUCACACGCGACUAUCCUCGCUAUGACGCCCCCCAAACACCAUCCACGGCGAGUGACGAUGUGCCCCCGCAACCUGGUCUUGCCCGGGAAUCUAGCGACGCCAAUACAGACGAGGAGACCGACGCCCAUACCCAUGCCGAGCUUAUACCUCGGCGCAAGCCAGGGGGGUACGACAGCCGCGUCGAGCAGAUGCUCUACGAGAACCCCGAGCUGCCCAUCCUGAUCAUAGAUGCUGGGAAGAGCUCAGAGAGUGGCGGUAGAUAUAUAGUCUACACCAUCAAGACGGGCGAGCUCGUUGUGCGCAGGCGGUACUCAGAGUUCUCCUCCCUGCGCGAGGCUCUCACUCGGUUACAUCCCACUCUUAUUAUUCCGCCCAUACCAGAAAAGCACACCAUGGCCGACUACGCUGCCAACCCCACCAACGCGAAGCAAGAUCAACAAAUAAUCGACUUGCGGAAGCGCAUGCUAGCCGUCUUCCUCAACCGCUGUCGUCGCAUGGAGCAAGUUCGGACAGAUGGGGUUUGGUGGAGGUUCCUCGACCCGAACUCAAGCUGGAACGAAGUCAUUCACUCGCACCCGGUGGCCUCUAUACCAAAGUCAAUCAUGAAGGCGCCUCCGCUAGAUCCAGCGAACCCGACUUCCGGUCACGGUUACCUUCCCGUGCCUGCUGGUUCGGCCAGGUUAAAGACGACGCCUAGCGCCGCCCCGGCUGUAGACGGCUCAGCAGCUGGGGCACAGGUUUUUGCUCGAUUUCCACCUGAUUCUAACACGCUCGGCGAGCAGCAACUUGACCCGUAUUUUACCGCAUUCGAGGCCUCUAUCAAAGACCUCGAAACCCUUCUUGUGGGCCCGAUAGAGAAAGUCAACCGCCGCACCUUAAACCAUCUGUCUUCUCUAGCUUCGGACCUCUCGGAGCUAGGCGCUCGGUACAACGCAUUUGCACUGUCCGAGCCUGCCCCUUCCCUUGCACCGGCGAUCGAGAGAAUCGGGCAGGCAGCCGAUUCGUCUUACAUUGCUACAGAGGAGCUAUCCACCUCUUUGGGCGCUAGCUUUGCUGAGCCGAUGCGGGAGAACGCGCAGUUUGCCGGUGUUGUCCGGAACGUGCUGCGGUACAGGGUCCUAAAGCGAGUGCAGCAGGAUAUGACAACGGACGAACUCAACAAGAAAAGAACACUCCUUGACCAGCUAGAGCGCAGCGAAGCCGAGGCUAGAAGGAUCGACCAGUACCUCAGCAGCAGCCAGCAGAUUGCCCCACCAAGGCGAUCAACAAGUACGAGAGAGUCGCCGAACCAGCACCGCAGGGAUGGGUCCGGCGAGGAUACGGCUUCCAUAGACUCGGACUUUCCUCCAACACAUGGAGACUUUUCAUCGGCGCCGUCUGCUAAGAUCGGGGCGCCGGAGAGAUCGGGCGGAAGCCCUGGCCAUAAGAAGGCGGCAAGCGGCAACUCGAUCACUAACAAGAUUUUUGGUCCUAUCCGCCACGCAGUCCAGGGUGUGGUUGAUGUCGAUCCCGAGCGAACCCGAAGAGACAUGAUCGGAAAGACGCGCGAGUCAAUAGUGCAGCUUGAGCAAGCACAAGUGGCUUCGGCUCAAGAUGUGAAGGACGCAAGCGCAAGCGUCCUCCGAGACUUGAAGAGGUUCCAGCGGGAAAAGGAGGAUGAUCUUAAGCGAUACAUGCUUGCCUACGCCAAGAGCCAGAUCGAAUGGGCAAGGAAGAAUAAGGAAACAUGGGAGGAAGCGAGGGCCGAAGUUGACAAGAUUGAUGAAUCGUAGACGAGAAUUCCAACAAUGCCAGUGGGGUUGGUUAUGAAAUGUGGGGAGGGGAAGGCGGCGUAUUGCUUAUUAUGGCGGCUUCCGAUUCCAUGCCUGGGUUGCCCGGCAAUAGAAUUUUAUUGCAUAUGUGGGGGGACACUGACUGAAUACGGAUAGAGGAAGCAAGAUAAAUUGUGUCCUGGCACGAGUGACAGUGGCUAUGAGUGGGGUGAUAGGCCUUUCCGAAAUAUUAUGAUGACUGAAAUCGACGCCUGAUAUUAAAGUUUCCGUCACCAGGGUAGAUAAUUUAAUAUUAGCGCAUCGAUUAAUACAAUUUUUUAUCUUUUUG